UCCCAAACUUGACAGAGCGCAUUUCUCCACGCGUGCUUCCCCCCCGAGGAUGAGCUCUGCGCUGCGGUUCAGGUGGGUUUAACCCUCCGCUGGACGAGGUGCGACCAUGUCCUUUACGCACCGGCUUCUGCUGCUUCUGCUCGGCUUCGGCUCCAUCCACACGCAGGUUGAUGGAAAGUUUCCCAACUGCCAGUUCCAGUGGGAGAUGCAGAGAGCCGAGAGAGAGUGUCGCACACGGCUGCAGCAGCGGACGCCCUCGAGCACAGGAUGUCGCGGCAAGUGGGACUUUGUGUCCUGUUGGCAGCACGCGGCGGUCGGCGAAGUGAUGACCCUCCCCUGCCCUUCCCCCCUCCUGCACCUUUUUGGAAAAAAUGGUAACCUCAGCAGGAACUGUACGGAGAAGGGUUGGUCGGACGUCUACCCCAUCAUCACCGACGCCUGCGGGUCAGACAUCACAGACGACCCCAGUCAGCUGGUCUUCUACAGAAUGGUGAGGAUCCUGUCCACUCUGGGCCACAGCCUGUCGCUUAUCACUCUGCUCACCAGCACCGUCAUCAUCUGCUUAUUCAGGAGGCUCCACUGCAUGAGGAACUACAUCCACCUGAACUUGUUUGUGUCGUUCAUGCUGCGAGCCGCGGCCGUGCUGACCAAAGACGCUCUGCUCUUCUCGGACGACGAGAACACAGACUGCAGCACGCAACCCUCGCUGGUGGGCUGUAAAGCCAGUCUGGUCUUCUUUAACUACUUCGUCAUGGCAAACUUCUUCUGGCUGCUGGUGGAGGGCCUCUACCUGCACACGCUGCUGCUCGUCAUCCACACCUACUCCACCCCCCUCUCCAUCUACAUGCUCAUCGGCUGGGGAAUCCCUUUUGUUUUCAUGGUGGCCUGGAUCCUUUGUAGGAUAAAGCUGGAGGACACGAGGUGCUGGGAGAUGAAUGAAAACCCAAUCCCCAACAGACUGAUCAACUGGCCUAUAAUGGCGUCUGUCAUUAUCAACUUCGUUCUGUUUAUCAGCAUCAUCCGUGUUAUGGUGCAGAAACUGCGCUGCACUAACGUCGGAGGAAACGAGCAAUCACAAUACAGACGCCUGGCUAAGUCCACCCUCCUGCUGAUCCCUCUGUUUGGGGUGAACUACAUGGUGUUCGUCUACCUGAUGGAGCCGUCCGAUAAAAACGUGAAUCGCAUCAAGAUCUUCUUUGAUCUCGGCCUCGGGUCCUUCCAGGGUCUAAUUGUGGCUGUCUUGUACUGUUUCCUCAACAGCGAGGUUCAGAGCGAGCUGAGGAGGAGAUGGAGGAGUUUAUUUCUCAAGCGUUACGUGGGGCGGGACUACAGACAGUACGCCACAUCGGUCGGCCGGAACGGCAUCGAAAACUCUGCCCAGUUUCCCAGGAGCUCCCGAGCCCAGUCCAUCCUGCAGACUGAGACCACCGUGCUCUGACCGGGGACAGAGGCGGUCUGGUUUCGUAAAGACACUCGGAACAUAUGCUUAUGUUCAAAGCGACUCAGAACGCAGGAAGUCCUGCUCAAGGGCGCUUUUUAUAGACAUAUCGUUUGCUCCUGCCGGGACUGAGCCUGUGACCUGCAGAGGUUUCUGAGGUUUCUUGGACUUUUUCAAAUGUCACUGUUGAGUCCGUCCUCACAGGGGUCCUCAACAUUUUUCAACUCACAGCCAGAACCGCUACCUGCUGGAAUCAACGAGGAGAAGUUUUACUCUCCCGUCAGAGCGUUUGAGACCGGUUUAUAUAAUUGGAGUUGAGAAUGAAGGCUCUCAUUCCAAAAUACUAUCUCGGUUUUUGAGGAAAGAAACGCCCCCCAAAAACACAUUUCUACAUAUUCUCAGUCAUUGUUAAAUAUUUUUGAGACACAGCUGAAUGUAUCGCCUGUGCCACUGAUAGCUUGCUGUUACCUUUAAUAGCAGUAGCAAUGUAGUUACAUGCUGAAAAAAAGUUUAUACAGGUACAUUUAACUUUUUUUUUUUUUCGGAAUGAGAGUCUUCAAAACGAAGAGCAUUUACCAAAAAGGUUUAAAACAAGCCAUAAAGGAUUUAUGUAUUAGAAAUAUGUUGUUUAAUCACAAUCUAUAACCAAAAAAAUUACAACAUGUGGUGGCGGAGAAUCACUGAUUUUGAUAAUCAUAAAUGUAUUUUUGUUUUGAAUUGUAUAGGGCCCAAGGAAGGAGACGAGGCAGACCUGAUGCCGCGUUCACGUCUUUUUAGUUUGACCUUAAAUAUAAACUACAGACCAAGAGAUUCAUAUUUUCCUCCCAGUGGUUAUUACCAUUGUUACAGUGCAUUUGAUUCGUUUUUAACAGUGUAAACAGUUCACCAGAGGAAACCUGGAAAAACAAGUGUAGCAGAAAUAUAGGGUGUUUUUUGGGGGUUUUUUUUUUAUGGUUUUCGUCUCCCGAUAAUCAUCUCACAGCCCCUCAGAUUUAGCGACCUCCAUGUUGGCGACUACUGACUAAGUGAGAUGAUAAAGACCAAUUUUAUGUAGGAGUUAAGGAAACACAACGAUUACUGUAGCUCGCGUGAGUCUCGAUUGUCUAUCUGAGUGUGGAUGUUAUUUUUCAGAUGUAAUAUUAACCAAAAUUCAGGGUUCAACCAAUAUGGGUCUCUGAGGCGCAAAAUAUUUGAAAUAUAAUGUAGGGAUGUUCUGUAUCUUUGAAUAUGAUUGUUUUCUCAAUAGUUUAAACCAUAAUGGGACACAACAUUUUUUAAAAGUCUUCUAAUCACAUUUGUUAUACAUUAGCUGUAAAUGAAAUAAACGACUAACAAAAAAAAUUAAGUAAUGAAAAUGAAGUUUCCACGCAGGUUUUCCAGACUUUGAUCAGUGAGGAACCUCCAUCAUACCAGUAUCCUUCCUGAAAUGGAAACUGAGGAUAUGUGAAAUUCAGUUGCAGGAAGAAUAUCAGAAAGCAGAUAUAAUGGUGUACGGUAAUCUGGACACUGUGCACAUGUGCAUCUAUCCGAAAUGACUUAGACAGGGUUUCAGUUCUACUUACAGCCCCCCCUAAAAAAAAGAAAAAACAUGUAUCACCUUGUACAGAAAAUAAUUGUUUUGUAUUUUUACGUUUUGUGUUUUUUACACCGUACUGUUCGAAAAUGUUGGUUACUGUAUGUACGUUCAUGAGGCUGAGGGAGACCGAGCAUCGAUGCCAUUUGUAAGCUUUUGGACACAACUGUAAAACCCGUGACUCCAUAUAUUUUUACGUAUAAAAGCUUUUAUCAUGAAGACCGAGUCACGUUUGUUCUCCCCUACAAGCACGCAUACACGUGUACACGUGUGUGUGUUUGCCUCAUAAACUGACGAAUACUGAAUCGUUUAUUGGGAUUUGGGAAUAGGUCAUGACAAGCAGACAGGCUCCAAAACAUUAUAAAUUGUUUGUGUAUUGUAUUUGAAUGUGUUUCCUGUCUCUGGGGAUUAUUCUUUAAUAUUCUGUCUUUGUCUUGUAAGCCAUAAUGCAUUAUGAGAGAAGGGCAGGUGAAGUGGAGACACAGAACGAAGGACAUAAGGUAUUGAAAAACUUCAGGUGACCAUAGCAACAGCACGGAUACUAAUUAGAAUUAGCCCCAACUUCGCUAGCUGCAGUGUUAAAGUAACGUACACAU